AUGUCAGCCCAAGAAGCUGCAGACAUCGAAACUCCGUUAUUUCAACAAUCAAUAAUAGAAAAUGAAAUAAAUACACAAGAACUUUUGGAUGAACCUGAUAAGCAUGUUGAGCAUGGGUUUAUUGAAUUCGGGGAUAAAUUGGUUGAGGCUCAGGUAGACACCGGUGAAGCUGCAAGCAGUUUUUCUUGGAAAAAGUUGUGGUCGUAUACAGGUCCUGGGUUUUUAAUGUCUGUCGCUUAUCUGGAUCCCGGUAAUUUGGAAGCAGAUCUUCAAUGCGGUGCGGCCGCUGGAUAUUCCAUGCUUUGGAUUUUGCUAUAUGCACAUAUUGCGGGAUUUCUCAUACAAGUACUUUCUGUUAGACUAGGUGUUGUUACAGGAAAACACCUUGCACAGCUUAUAAGCAAUAACUAUUCACGUCCUGUUUCGUUAAUGUUUUGGACAAUAAUAGAACUUGCUAUAAUCGGUUCAGAUAUACAAGAAAUUGUUGGUACGGCUAUAGCACUCAAAAUAAUUUUCAGACUGCCCCUCUGGAUAGGCACUUUGUUGACUGCAAUGGAUACUCUUACCUUUAUGCUGCUGCAAAAUUAUGGUGUGAGGAAAUUGGAAGCAUUCUUUAUGAUGUUAAUUUCUGUGAUGGCGGUCUGUUUUUGGAUUGAGAUGAUUGAGAGUAAACCUGAUGUCGGUGAAAUAUUUAAAGGAAUAAUAGUUCCUUUAGUGCCAAGGAGUGCGGUGGUAGAAGCUGUUGCGUUAAUUGGUGCU